AUGGCCCUUCCAGCCCCCGCCCCUUACCUUUCCCAUCCUGGGAGGCGCCCCCGCCUUUCGCGCUCCUUCCGCCAUGGUCGCUCUCCCCGCAACUUCCGCCGUCCGCUCUUCCCCUCCGCCAAUGCGUUUCUGCUGCUCCCCCUUGUCGCGCUCCUCCUCUCCCCCGCGCCGUUCUCCCCCGCGCCGUCCUCCCCCGCGCCAUCAUCAUCCUGCGCGCCGUUUUUCCGCGCGCCUUCGCACUUCGCGCCUUUGCUCUUCCCUGGAGGCGUGGCUUCCGCGCGCGCUACGCCCAUGAGCGUACUGGACGUGUUCCGCCCGUCGUGCCCGCUUCCGCCCAUGAGCGGACCCUCCGGUGGUUGGAGUAAAUGGAGCGAUGUGACUGUAUGGGGGGCGGCUUUCAGGGGCAGCAAGGACCCCCCUGGGGUUGGGUCAAGAGCAGGAGUCAAUGUGACUGUACCCUGUGGCAUGGCUGUGCUGCUGGACGUCGCUAAUGUGACCUUGGACACUCUACACGUGCACGGAUGGCUCAAGCUCCUAGACGACAAGCCACGCCUGCCGCGCAUCGAGGUCCGAGCCAACAUCAUUAUAGUCACGGGGCGGCUGACCGUGGGGGAAAAGGACAAGCAGUUUGGCGCCCAGGCACUGUUCACGCUCACGCCCAACAGCGGGAGGCAGAGGAGGGAGUAUGGCUUCACGCUCUUCCCUCCGGCCGAACCCGCCUUUCCCAGACCUCUGGGCCAUAAAGUGUUUGCCGUGGUCGGAGGGCAGGUGGACUUGCAUGGCCUCCCAGGCCCGUCCGUCGUCCAUGCCAGUGUGGGUGCACAGCUCAGGGCAUUCCCAUCCCAUUCUCCACCCUUCGCCUUCACCUCUCUUCUCCUCUUAUCCCCACCAAGGUCGGAGGGCAAGUGGACUUGCACGGCCUCCCAGGCCCGUCCGUCGUCCAUGCCAGUGUUUGUGCAUAUCAUUAGAACCACACCCGUACUUUUCCCCUACCUUGUCUUUUACUCCUUUUACCCUGUCUUUCCCCCUACAUUUCCCCUCUCCCCGUUCUCUCCUCCCCCACCAAAGGUCGGAGGGCAGGUGGACUUGCACGGCCUACCAGGCCCGCCGUCCAUGCCGGUGUGGGUGCGCUUGAAUAACACGGCGCUCGCCGGCCAGACGGAGAUCGUGGUGGACGCUGACGUCAGCACGUGGCCGGUGGGCGGCGAGAUUGCGAUUGCGUCUACGAGUGUGAAAAUGGAUGAAGCCGAAAAGGCAGUGAUUGCAGGAGGUGUGUAUGUAUGGGUGGAAUGCGGCUCGGUUUGGCCGUGCCGGACGGGUUUCAUGCCUCUCCUCCCUCCCACCUUCCCCCUCCACCCCCCAGUCACACCCCACCCUCAGGGCUACCGCAUAUCCCUCACAGCUCCCCUCAAGUAUUCCCAUGACGGCAAUCCCAAGGCCGUGCCGGAUAGCUUUCAUGCCCCUCUGCCUAAUCAUCCUUCCCUUUUCUCCCCCCUCCACCCCCCAGUCACACCCCACCCUCAGGGCUAUCGCAUAUCCCUCACAGCCCCCUUAAAGUAUUCCCAUGACGGCAAUCCCAAGGCCGUCCCUGAUGGGUUUGGAGGGGCGGUGGAGGUGAGGGGGGAGGUGGGGCUGCUGCAUCGCAACGUUGUUAUUUACGGGAUGCACGAACCUGGAAAAUACGAGCUGGAAGAGGGGGUACAGUUCGCCUACAUGGGACAGCAGGGCGUGUUGGGAAGAUACCCGCUGCACUUCCACGUGUGUGGGGAGGCGAAUCAGAGCCACGUCGUGCGGAAGAAUGCGAUUGUCUAUAGCAAGCAGCGCUGUGUGGUGAUUCACGCAACGAGCAACAUGACGAUUGAAGACACGGUGACGUAUGAGAGCAAGGGGCACUGCUUUCUCGUGGAGGAGGGUUCUGAAAACAACGUCGUGUUUAAGAGAAACCUUGGGAUCAGCGUCAGAAAAGUGAAGGUGGUCAUCCCCUCUAAAGAGUCGUACGAUAAGCACACGGACGACAAGCCAAGCACAUUCUGGAUGGCCAACCCCAACAACGAGUACAUUGAUAACGUGGCUGCCGGGUCAGAAGAUACGGGGUACUGGACAGAGCUUAAAGAGGGGAUGAGGGGUCUGUCCCAGCUCCUACCCAACGCCCGCAACAUGCAUCCCAUAGAAACCAAGUUCGGCACUUACUCGGGGAAUGUGGCGCAUUCAGCCAAGUUUGGGUUCCGCUCCUACCCCCACGGCAUGUUCCCCUACGCACCUGGUGCCAGGACCAAGUUCGGCGUGUACUCGGGGAAUGUGGGACAUCUAGCCAAGUUUGGGUUCCACUCCUGCCCCCACGGCAUUUUCCCUUAUACUCUUGGUGCUAGGAUAUCCCCUCGAGACUUGCUGGAGCCAAAUAAGAUCACCAAGUCAUGGUUCUCGUCCUUUGGUACAUGCAGGGCAGCCAGCCCCGCUAUAAUGCUCACCACUAAUCCGUAUGGUGGAUUCUGGACGCCCUCCACUGCUGUAGAGGGCCUUCGCUUUGCCAAUGACACCAACAGGCUCUGGGCCUCACCCAACCCGACAUCUGGCUACAUUCGGUCUGGUGCGCAGCUCGCCAACUUCUAUGCCCUCUGGGACCUCGAUGGAUCCUUGCUAGGAAACAGCACCACCACCACCACCACCACCACCAUCACCAGCAGCAGCAGCAGCAGCAUAAGCAGUUCCUCUAGACCCGCAUCAACUCCCGCCGGUUUUGGCUUCGCAAUAGCUCCCUUCGACCCUAUUCUCCCGCCUCUCUCCCUCCGCUCCUCCCCCUCCUUCGCCUGCUCCUACCAACCCUCUUGGUCCGCCCAUACCUGCACCGGACCUGCCGCCUGCUUCCGAUCCUUCGCUCUUUUCUACAACGAAUCAGUCACUAAAGACCAGACAGCAAAUCUAGGAAAAGACAAGCGCCGCCCCUACAGCUACGUUACGUUCACGCGGUUACAGGAUAACGCGACGUUUGUCUCGGUGGGAUCGGAUAACGAUUACGAUAACGAUUUUCCCAAGCGGUACGGCGCGUCUCGGCCGCUUCUGCGGCAGGUCACUGCGACGCUAUUGGCCGGAUUCUCGUACCGGGUGACGAUCCAACGGUCGGAAAUAGGCCCUGCAUUCUUCUACCCGUCAUCCGUGCAGCUGCUGAUGCUGGAUGUGGGGGGGUGCACGGGAGGGUUGACUGUAAUCAUGGAUACUCCACCAAACUCCCCGGAUAAGCAAUGGACUGUGGUGUCUAAUAACCCUGAAGCCCCUUGCCCUGGAUCCCCAGUUGACCCGUCGAUAGCUUAUCGACGUUCCGCAUGCAUCAACGGGAAGCCAAUGCUGGCCUUUGACAUCGGCAGCACAGCAAUUCGCUCUAUAGCGAUGAUAGAACUCACUAAGAGCACCAGCGGCAGUGCAACUUGCACCACUGCGAGGUGCUUCAUGAGUCCGAGAAGAUUUGAAGGAUUAUAUUGA